AACUACAUUCAGUCAUUCUUGUUCAAUCUCUCUCUAUAUGGAUGAAAAAAUUGAUCAGGUAAUUUUACCAGGAGAUAUUAUCGGGACGGUUGCUUCAAAUGAAAAAAUUAGAUUAGGACCAGGUUUGAGAAUAGAAGGAGACGGCAUCUUAUCUACUAGAGCUGGGAUACUUCGAAGAAUGCUCAAUAAAUAUUGGGUUGAAACUACCCAAAAAAGGUAUUUGCCGGCUGUAGACGAUAUGGUUGUUGCCAUAGUCACAGAACGUAGUGGACAAGGAUGGAAGUUAGACAUUGGUUGCCAACAAUUAGCAACACUUUCUAUUUAUAGCUUCGAAGGUGGUACAAAGAAAAAUAGGCCAAAUCUACCCGUUGGAUCACUCGUGUAUACAAGGGUAUGCGUGGCUAAUAAAGACGUUGAGCCAGAAUGUUCGUGUGUGGCUGCAAAUUCGUUAAAGGCGGAAGGUUUUGGACCUCUAAUUGGCGGCUAUAUGUUUAAAUGUAGCACUGGACUCGCGCGUCAAUGCCUUGCAAUAGAUAGUUUUGUUUUGAACGAAUUAGGAAAGUACAUUCCUUUCGAAAUUGCUGUCGGAGUGAAUGGGCGUAUAUGGAUCAAUUCGUUAACAAUAAGUGAUAUCAUACUAGUCCUGAAUGUCAUUUCGAACUCAGAAUUCUUGAAUGAAGAUCAAAUAAGAUCAAUGAUCAAAAAGCUUUUGCAUAAAUCCCAAGAAAAAACUGUGUCGUAGUCUAGAUAUUUUGUAUGGAAUAACUUGUUUUUGGAAAUUAAAUUUUGUUUUUUUGUGGGAAGUUUUACAAAUAUCCGCAACCAAAUCUGUACCCAAAUUGGCAUUUUACCAAGGCUCGCAUAAGAAGUUUAACGUACAUAAGCACUUAGGCAAUAUAUAAGUAAGAAUACUCAGGUGGACGUUUAGGGUUUCAAAAAUAGGCACUUGCAGCUUGGUUUGACAUGCAAAUUGACAGUUUUAAAGUUAAAAGUAAAUUCGAUAGCACUCUUAUCAUUAAAUCGUCCCAUUGCAAAGAACGCGUACAUUUAAAAAGGCUGAAAAUAGGCAUAGCUGUCAUAGAGUGAUAAUGAAACCUUUUGUAUUAUUGAGAAAUUCAGUUUAUACAAUUUUUCCAGAGCUAUCAUAACUCUUUUAACCAGCUGAUAUUACAUAGUGCUUUUUAUUGACCUUGUUUUAUUGGCAUUUGUUCUUAAUACCUCGAGCAAUGCUAUAGCUUAUUUAAAAGCUGACAAUACUAGUCCUUGCAUAAGUGAAAUAAGAGAAUCAGGCUAUUUUUGAAUCUUACCUGCUUGAUAAAUACUUGUUUGUAGAAACAGCUGCGAACUUCGGAACUUUGAAUCAAUGGCAGCCACAUCUUACUCUAUAGAUGAAAAUACUGAUACGUUAAAACAGAGUAUAUAUCUAUCCCAGCUAAAUCGUCGAAAUACUCAUGAUGACAGCGCAUCAUUUAUUGGUCAUAAUUUUGAUUCGGCUCUAUCUGCUGUUGAAAUAUCAAGCCAUGCAUCCAACUCUUUGGAACCGCUCAUAUCCGAAUACAAUGAAAGAAGCUCUUCGACGUUUAAACAGCUCGAAAAUCAACACCCAGUGUGCUCAACAGAAAAACAUGUGCCAUUACUAGAAGGCGAAGAUGACGAGCCACUUGUGUUCACAGACACUCUAAAGGCCUUAGAUUUGGAGCAGGCGCAAAAAACCGUUUCGUUUGAUUCGCUGCCUAAAUUUACGAAUCAUGUGGUGUGCCUAGAAAAUUCAAACACCUACUAUCUGCACCCCUCUAAAUUAGAAGCGGGAGCAGUAGCGGAAGAAGAGCAUGCAUACAAAAAUGACUUUUACUCAGGCGCAGGCUUGCAAGCACAAAAAAACAUAUUUCUAAAUUCUGUUGAAUUUCCAAAUCCUGAAGAAUUCAAUACAGAAAUACAGAACUCCGAUGACCAGUGCGAAUCAGAUGAAGUGGAAAAAAACGGAGAUCUGAGCAUAAGAGAAAAAAAAAUCAUGCGUUAUCGUGCCAAGAGAUCAAAGCGUGACUUUUCUCGAAGUGUCAACAUUAGGUUGAGCGCCCAGGCACAGAUGAGAGAACGAGAUCGGUCUGGUCAUUUUUUGCCUUCUAAAAAAGUCAGCCGAAAAAAUAAAGAUAUUUUAAAACUCGUCGAAGAGCAGGAAAAGCUGCGUGAAUACUUUGAAUCCACCAAUAGGGAAAUUCUAGCCCUAAAGCAAAUUGUAAAAGAUCAACAACGACAAAUCGAAGAGUUGAAAAAACAAGGAUGCGCCUCAAACAUUUCAAACGAAAUUACGCUACCGCCUUCAUAUUGCAACUCUGUAUACGAUGCAAUAUCUAUUUCUCCUUCAUUCAAAAACAUGUCAUCCAAUUCAACUGAGGAAGCCAAACCUACCCUUCCAUUCACAGUCAUGGAUCCAUCCAUGAGUACGAAAAAUUACACUUCAAAUGAGAAUAACAGUGAUAAUCUUAUCAUGUCUCCGCCCAACAAAGAAUCAAUCAACGGUAUCUAUCACCAUCCACACGAGGAAAUUGUAGGCCAGGUGAACUUUGAUAAUUUGCACCAUCACACAAUGCCAGAAAAUCGACUUCAAGAGAAGCUAAAAAAACUAGGUGGCCCGCCAAGCGAUAUCUAUCACCCAUGGUCAAAUGGAAUGCACCUACAGCAUCCAGUUUUUACUCAAAAGGAAGAUUGGCAAAACCACGAAUUACGUCCGGUCAGAGAAGAUCCUUACUUAUCUGCAAUAGGACGAGAACGCUUAGAUUAUAUUCUGGCUCAGCAACGCUGGAAGCAAGAGCAACUUCUUAUUGCUGACGAAAACCGAGCCAGGGCUCACGCACAAUUGAACUCACAGGAAGCGGACACUAAUAAUUAUUGGCAAAUGGAACAAUACAAUUCUAUUUAUAGCACUGAAAAAAAAAGCUGUUAUAAAGACUUGCAUCAGAAAGAACCUCAGCUAUCAGAGUUUGAAGUCAUGACUACUAUUCCGACUCCAACUGCCACCAUAUGGAGAGAAGCUAUGAAGAAUCCUGACUUUCGUGCUGAAUUCAAGCUCAUGAAUGACAUGUGAUGCAUAACCUAGGAUACACCAGUUUACCUCAUAAAACGUCAUGCACAGGAUAUUAAAAAUAGCGAGGGCUUGUGACGCGAAGCAACAUAUUGUUUAAACACACUUGGAACGGAGAUGGAGAAGAACUGUUGCAUAUUCAGUGUGUGAAGGAUCUGCUAAAGCAUAAUUUGAGGCAAAAAAAAAACUAAAGAUAUACCCGCUUUUACUCGUCUUUUGAAAGCCCAAAGCCAACAUGGCUAGUGUGACUAUGUGUAUACGCAUGUAUAUGCCAUACACACAAUUUUGUAUAUAAUAGAAAACAGUGACAAGAUGUGUCUUGUGUUAUCAGUCACAGAAUCAAAAAA